AUGGCCGUUGAAAAAAAUCAAGUCAUUGUUGUUGUUCUUCAUCAACCAACAAGUGCUGUUUUUGAUGUUGUCAACACACUCUACUUAUUAGUAGAAGGUGGACGACAAGCCUUUUUCGGUACUAAAGAUGAAGCUCUACAUUUUUUUACCACUGAGUGUCAUCUCUUAUCUUCGUCACUCGAUGGUUUUAUUGAACAAUUGACUGCACCGCCAGAUAUAGUUACUGAUCAACGUAUCAUUACACAGAAAGUAGCAGCCGAUCAAUAUAUCAAAUCUGGACAGUCAACAUUACUUGAAACAACCAUUAAGCGUCAUUUAGAAUCCGUCGACAAAAACGAUGUAAUAAAUAAAUCGAACGAAAUCGAGCGUGGUUCAUUUGGGCGCCAACUGAAAUGGCUUCUCUGGCGUUCGUUAAUUAGUGUUAAACAUGAUCCGAAGCGAACGACCAAGUUGGUUCUUCGCCUUGUCAUCAUGGCGCUCAUUUUAGGAAAAACAACGUUAAUGAACGUAUUAAGCGGUCAUUAUGGCAAUAAUUUGUUGAUGCCAAGAGGCAAUGUGUAUCUCAAUGGAAUUUUGACAACACAUUCACAACGACAAAAAGCUGGCUCGAUUGGAUAUGUUGAACAACAAGAAUUUUUCAUCGAGACUAUGACACUUGAAGAACAUCUCACCUUUCAAGUAGAACAUAGCUAA